GAGAUAGCACACCAUUUCAACACGUAUCCUUGCAACUCUUGGCUCUCCCACAGAGGUCUCGUUUUUGAUUUCAGUUGAAUUAGGUUCUGUGUAAAUCGGUUGGGAAUUGAACUUGUUUUGAGGAAGUGUUCACCACUCUUGGUUAUUUUGUAAUGCCAUAUUACAAAAUACGCUUAUUCAUGUUGAAAUACAAAUAAAAUAUAUAGAAUGGAAUAUUCGAUAUGAAUCACGAAUAUGAUUGGUCGUUGAACUAUAAUAUGCCACUGGAUGAUGUGCCAGUUGAUAUUGCUCAAGAAGCACUAGUAUUGAAUGGUGACACUAUGGGAAGCCCCAAAGGGAGACAACCACCUUUACAAUAUGAGGAAGAAUGGAGGUCUCUACUAAAGGAAGGCAUUGAUUUAUGUGAUCUUCGUAAAAAAGCUUUAGAGGGAGGUUUGAGAGCUGCAAGAUUCAGGAGUGUAGUAUGGAAGCUAUUACUUGGAGCCCUUACUCCAGGUUCACCCGACACCUGGCUCAGUCAAGUGGAAUCGGACCGUAACCAUUACUCAACCCUGAAAGCCAAGCUUAGAGUUUCCCCUAUAGGAUCUGCUGAACCACAAUCGGAUAAUCCAUUAUCUCAAGAUGAACAAAGCACCUGGCAUCAGUUUUUUUGUGAUCGGGAUUUGCAGGCCCUCAUUAAACAAGAUGUAGUACGAACAUUUCCUGGGGUAGAUUUCUUCAGAGGAGAAAAUGUUCAAGAAAUUAUGAUAAACAUAUUAUUUGCAUACGCCCGGGAGUACCCAGCCAUGUGUUAUCGUCAAGGUAUGCAUGAAGUGCUUGCUCCUGUAGUGUUUGUAGUCCAUUGUGAUCAGCAGGCACUGCUUCACACUCAGGAGCAGUCUGAAGUAAGCCCCGAGAUUGUGACUGUUUUGGACCCGAAGUACCUUGAAGCAGACUCGUAUACUUUGUUCAGAAGAAUCAUGAAUGCUAUUGAAGGUUCAUAUCUGAUUCCAAAUAUGGCACCUACUUCGACUGGAUAUUUUCCUGCCAACAUGAAAACAACAAUGAACAAUACAGAGAAUCAAGUUGUUGCUCAACUUAAUUGGAUUAAAGAGGUACUUCUAGCUCCUAAUGAUCCUCAGCUAUUCCAGCAUCUGGAGCAAUUGGACAUUCCUCUUCAAUUGUUUGGCAUACGAUGGUUGCGGCUACUCUUUGGGAGAGAAUUUCCUCUCCAGGACCUUCUUGUACUAUGGGAUGCAAUAUUCGCUGACAGUUCUAGUUUUGAUCUUGUCAACUACAUAGUGGUAUCAAUGCUGGUUGCUAUACGAUCUACUUUAUUGAAAUCAGACUAUACAAAAUGUCUUACACAACUAAUGCGUUAUCCUGGUUCAAUGGAUAUUUCUAUCAUCAUAGACUACGCUCUGUAUCUUAAAGCUCCAUCAAAAUUCAGCCCACCACCCAAAAUAAUUCCUCCUAAAGUGUUGGUUAGCACAGAUGAGAAGAAUGAUAGGGUCCAUUACCAUCGGAGGAAACAGGUAACAUUAAGAAGGAAUCAGAAAGCCGUAAGUGAGGAAACCCUUGGAUUCACUGUACCAGAACGCGUUCAAUCAACCCAUUUCAGUAACAGUGAAAUUGUUGAUGGCUUCAAAACUAACGACACUCUUAUGAAUGAAUUAUUGAAUGCAUACACUGUGAUGUCACUUUGCCGCCUCAAACUAAGCCAGUACCAUAGUGUUCUCGAAGAUGCUGUGUCUCCAAACCACAUUGAAGCUCAGCAGGCCCUUACUGGAAUACACGAGUUAUGUUCACUACUAAAGGUUCAGAAAGUGGUUCGAGUAGAGAAAGGUACAGAGGCAAAUGAGGUUGUAGAAAAGAGGCCUGAAAGGAAACCAUCAGAAGUUGAUAUGACAGUUUUCAAACAUAUUGUCACCCCUAUCAGAGAAACCUCACCAACAUGACAAAUAAUCUUUAUUUUUUACACUACUGUUAUUAUUAUUAUUAAGGUUUAUUGUACAAGAAAAUAUUUAUUUUUAUUAUAUGUUUGUACUUAUGAGUGCAUCUUAGUUGUGGGUUUCUAGGUAAGAAUUCAGUCUGUUUUUUUUUUAUUAUACAAUUAAUUUUAACAUAUUUUAUACCCUGAAUUGACAGGAUUUUAUUAUUUUGUUUUUUAGUUUAAAAUAAAAAACUUUUUUUCCAUCUUCA